AUGGCAGACGAAGACCUUUCCACGAUUCCCACCUCUCCCUCGGCCCAUUUCUACCCGUUCGCAACAUCUCCGGAUAUCAUCCGCUCUCAUGAGAAGGAUGGCUUCAUCACAGGGAGCUUGAUCAAUCAAGCCCAGAACAUUGCCCGUUCACUCCGUGGAGCCCGAUUCGCUCACGCUCAUUCCGACUCCAUCAAACACCUGACAGAGAUCCUGUACUUCUCGUUAACGACCUUGAUCGGUAACCGAACACUGGGAGAGGAAUACUGCGACCUCGUUCAGCUGGAGGAUGACACCCUUCAACUUCCGUCGACUAUCCGCAGAGCGGGAUACAUUCUGAGCAGCAUCGUGGUUCCCUGGGUUCUCCAGCGUAUUCUUCCCGCUUUUCGACGGCGGUUACGCGCGAAGCUGGAACGAAGUGUUGCCCGGCAACAAUUCAAAGCUCAACAGGCGGCUGCGCAGCAACCAGUGCUGCCCGGGAAGGAAAAAGGAAAGCAGGAGAAACGCCCCUUGAUCACGAAGUUGAGGGUUCAGAAAUACAUCCUCGAGCAUCUGGACUCGAUAACCUCGGUCUCGCCUGUUUACGCUCUCAGCAUCGCGACGUUCUACUUCACCGGCUCGUAUUACCACCUCGCCAAGAGGUUCUGGAACCUCCGCUACGUGUUCACAAAGAAGCUUGAGGAGAAUGAGCAGCGUGUUGGCUAUGAAGUCCUGGGUGUUCUGCUCGUCCUACAGAUCGCCGUGCAUGGUGUCUCUCACGUCAGGAAGGUCACCGCUAGCCUGAAGCAACAGCAAGAAAACCCGGAACUGGAGUCCGAGAUGCUGGAGUCUACUGAGAAACGAGACGAUUCUGUCAUCCCAUCGAUUGAGAAUCCAUCUCCCCUCCCUAAUCUCCCCGCGUCUAUGCCUCGGUACGACCUGGGCGAGGACGCGGAUGCCGUGCCCUGGAUCCCACCAGGUCAGCAGAGCAGGUGCACAUUGUGCCUGGAACUCUUCAAGGAUCCCAGUGUCACGACCUGCGGACAUGUCUUCUGCUGGACUUGCGUGAGGGACUGGACGCGUGAGAAGCCUGAGUGUCCUCUUUGUCGACAGGAUGUGAUUCUUUCCAAGGUUCUCCCUCUAAGAGGGUAG